CUGCCGGGCGGGGCGAGGCUCGGCAGUCCCGGCGCGCUGCCGCCGCGUGGAGCCGCGCUGCGUGUUCCCGAUCCCAUAUCCCAUAUCCCUCAUCCCUCAUCCCCGAUCCCAUACCCCACAUCCCCGGUCCCGGCUGGCUCCGAGCCGCCCCGAGCCGUGCCCCCGCUGCGGGCCGGCGGCGCGGCGAUGGGCGCGGGGCUGUGAGCGCGGCCGGGAGCCGUGGCCAUGGGGAACAUCUCGUCCAACAUCUCCGCCUUCCAGUCCCUGCACAUCGUCAUGCUGGGCCUGGACUCGGCGGGCAAGACCACGGUGCUCUACCGCCUCAAGUUCAACGAGUUCGUCAACACCGUGCCCACCAUCGGCUUCAACACGGAGAAGAUCCGGCUCAGCAACGGGACGGCCAAGGGCAUCAGCUGCCACUUCUGGGACGUGGGCGGCCAGGAGAAGCUGCGCCCGCUCUGGAAGUCCUACAGCCGCUGCACCGAUGGCAUCAUCUACGUGGUGGACUCAGUGGACGUGGACCGGCUGGAGGAGGCCAAGACGGAGCUGCACAAGGUGACCAAGUUCGCCGAGAACCAGGGCACGCCGCUGCUGGUCAUCGCCAACAAGCAGGACCUGCCCAAGUCGCUGCCCGUGGCCGAGAUCGAGAAGCAGCUGGCCCUCCACGAGCUGACCCCUUCCACCACCUACCACAUCCAGCCCGCCUGCGCCAUCAUCGGCGAGGGGCUCACGGAGGGCAUGGACAAGCUCUACGAGAUGAUCCUCAAGCGCAGGAAGUCCCUCAAGCAGAAGAAGAAGCGGACAGACAAUAGUGGUGAUAACAAAGCGGCUCCCGCCAGCCGAGCCCAGAUCCCGGAGCUCCCCUCUCCCGUGCUCCUGAGGCUCUGAUCCGGACUCCUUUGGGCUGGAAACAUGGAAAACCGGGAUGGAUCCCCCCCGGGAUGAAUGAAUCCCCCCACUCCCUGCAUCUCCGGGACCGCCGCCGAGCCUUUGUGUGCCGGGGAGCCAGCAGGGCAGGACCCUGCUGGAGCGCGUUCGAGCGGAGCCCAGCGUGCUUCUGGAUCUCUAACGGGGGGUUUGGGGGCGUCGGUGCCAGCCCCCCCCCCCCCCACGCGCAUUUUGGGGCGGGGGGUGAGGAUGAACUCGGCAAGGUCAGCGGGGAGGGGGCGUGCAGCCCUCAUCCCUGCAUCCCCGCAUCCCUGGGUCCAUCCCUGGGAAUGGAUCCCUGGAUUCCCCCCCUGGAUGGGGGCGUUGGACCAGCAGAAAAUGUCUUGGAGAGGGUGGGUGUGAUGGGUAAGGGGACACGCACCCACCCUGGUUGGUGUUUUAGGGUGCAGAGCAAGGACGGGCAGCCUUUGGCUUGGCGGGGAGGAUGCGACACUGGGGUGCCGAGCGGCUGCUGAAUGGUGCAGAGCGCUUUUGGCUCAAAAAAAAAAAAAAAAAGGGUGGAAAAAGGACCCGAGGGUUUGGGGUGAGCGCUGCUGGGAGCCUUUUGGGGGGGCUGUGCAGGACCCCCGUUUCUCAGAGGCUCGGCGCUGUCGCCUUCUGCAGCAGAGCCCCCGCAGGUGGGCAUUGUCCAAGUGCUCAGGUGCGGCUUUGGAGGUGAUCCAAACCAAGGGUUACUUAGCAAAACCCCCCAAAAAAAGGCAAAAUUCGGGGUUCUGCCCGCUGUGCUGCUCUGCAGUGGGGCGGGAGGCCAAGUCAGGGAGAGUCAGGGCAGGGCAGGAUGGACGGAUGGACGGACAGACAGACAGAGCCUGCAAAAAAUCUCUCUCUGCUGGAAAGGGAAGAUGGCAGGGGGUGUAGAGGCAUGGGGCGAGGGGUUUGUAUUAGGUUUCUAAUAAAGAUUCAAACCCGAUUUAAAGCCCCCGGCAGCCACGGAGGCAAGCUGUGUCUGCUGUGCAAGCUGUGCCUUGGCCCCUCCUGCAGGUGAACAUUUCAUACCUGCACGGGGCUGGGCACCAAAACCCACUCAGAAUCCUGUGGAUCCACAAAAUCCUGCGGAUUUCAGGGUCCUGGCUUCCCACAGAGCUGGAGCAGCAGGCAGACCUCAGGGGCCAAAGGUGCUGGAUUUGGAGGCAGGCAGGAUUUUCUGGUGAUUUUACACCAGAGCAGCCAAGGGGAAAGCACCAGGCAGACAAAAGCCCUUCGGGUUCAGGGGUGUUGAUCCCUCCCCACACAGCAUUUUUGGGGGGCAGGAGGGGGGGUUUGUUAGGGAAGAAAUGUUGCAGCAGGAGUUGUUUCUUCUCCUCUUGUGGGGUUUGAGUCGCCGAUGCGUGUGGGCUGGCCCCAUCCCUUCAGGUGGCUCUCUUCCCGCUCCCUCGGGUUUCCCUGCUUUGUCCUCACCUCCAACACUUUGGUACUUGCUGUCGAGAGAGAGAGAGAGAGAGAGAAAGGAAAAAAAAAAAAGAAAAAGAAAAAAGAAUUAUUUAUUUUUGAUGCCACAGAAGCCACGUGUGUGAACCCGUUUUUUGGCAGAAACAUAGAAGCUGUGUUGACCCCAGCAGCUCCAGGGCCAGCAGGCUGUAGGAAUGACACGGUGGUGGUGGUGGGCUUUUUUUUUUACCUCCUGGUUUAGCAGAUGGAAAAAAGGCUGGUUUUUUUUAAUGGAGCUGGCUCCUUCCUGGGAGCCUGUGUUCCACCCAGGAACAGCUGAGCAUCCCCUUGGAGAGAUGGCAGAGGGCUGGGAGGCUCGGGUGGGACGCCCUUGCCGGCCGCUCCGCUUCCUGCAAUAAUUAAAAAGACUUUUCCAACGAGCAGCUCCUGGCUUCCGUGGUGUUUCCAUCAUGUUCCCCCCCCCGUGUGAAGGGUGAGCAUCGCCCUCGGUGGGCUGCAGGAAUUGGGGCCCCAGCAGGGCAGCCCCCAAGGGGAACUGUCUGGGCUCUGUGCAUCCUCUCAGAUUCUGGAUGACCUGGGUGUUUUGGCAGGUCUCACUCCCCCAGGUCCAUCAUUCCCUGUGUGUUCCCAUCCAUGAUAUCCCACGUCCUGCCCUUGCCAUUGUCCAUCAGUCUCUUGUCUUCCUUUUUUUUCCUUUUUUUUUUUUGUUGUUUUUUUUAAAGAUGCAGACAUAACGCUGUGAACCGAAAUAAAUUAUUUAUACAAUGAAAGGGCCUGAU